AUGGGGCUCCUUGGUUUCGUUCUUGGGCUCUGGAUUGCCAUUCUAGCAGCUGCCAAGACGGUGAAGCAAGAUCCUCUCCAGCUGCAUUUUCGUCUUGCCAAUUCCAGUCAAGGCAUUGAACGAGCUCAAGGCAGCUGGAGGAUGGAAGGUUAUGUACGCUUGGAUCCCUGUGGGGAUGGAGACGCGGCAUUGUGGCCGGGAAUCACUUGUUCCUCCCCAAAUGACGAUGGCUAUCGAGUGGUCACGGAAUUGGACUUGCAUGGCAACAAACUCACCGGACCGAUUCCUCCUCAAAUAGGACGGUUGGAGAAGCUUGUAACCCUGUUUUUAAGUUUUAACAGCCUUAGAGGACCUAUACCGAAGGAGCUCACGUAUCUGCAGGAGCUUCGAUACGUACUUGUCUUACAACAAACUUACAGGUCCGGUACCGGACGCAAUCGCAAGCAUCCCGAAGCUAACCUACCUGUGAAUUUUUCUCACGCAAAAGCUCGUUUUUCUCGUAGAUACCUGGAUCACAAUGCUUUGAAUGGCCGACUGUCGUCAGCCUUCUACAGCCAUCCGAGCCUGAAAGAGAUCUGUGAAGCGUUUCAUGCUGUUAUUGUGGUUUGUCUGAGACUGCAGAAUGUAUCCCUGGACAAUCUAUCAUGCAUGAGAAAAGCGUACAUGGAAUAUGAGGAGAUUAAGGAUGCUAGCCAGCUUCUUAGAAGGAUGCCUGAAAUGAUUCCAGCAUAA